AUGGCAGAGAAACGCGAUAAUCUGUUUCCAUCUGGCUCCAUUGGUCGUGUUCAUGGCUCCCAACUUCAACGAGCAUCGUCGCCCUCCCCAUCACUGACUCGCGAGCCCCUUACUGCGCAUCCUCUUCUAUCACCUACCCCCUCCAGCACGGCAGUGAACACGGCUGAUUCGGUAGAGGUGCACGGCGUAUCUACUGCUCCUCGUUACGUGCCAUACACUCCACGGCAUCGUACAGCAGCAGCUACAACUGGGACAUCCUUGCAAUCGUCCGUGACCGUUUCGCCGCAACAGCAAAACGGUGGGGCAACAAGUAAACUCCAGCUCAUGAACUUGAAAGCAGGAGCACAAUCAGUCGGGUUGGACACUGGCAGCGUGGGCUGGGAGAUAUUAGAGAAGCUUGUCGGGGAGCAUAAUCACAGUCCAGAUUGGAGCGAUAUAUGGACUGCGCUUACAACAGGCAAGGCGACAUUGUUGCUUCCUUUAGAAUCAGGAUCACACGAAGACAUCACGGCCGAUUUCAUGAAGGAUCACAUCGCGCUGUGCGAUGGGGCUUCACGGAAUAACGCAUCCAUGGUGACUCUAUCUGGGCUCAGAGGGGUUCUCGUCGACCAAACACUGACUCUACGAUCUUCUCUUCGACCAGGCUCCAAGCCCUUUGAGGCUUUACUUGUACCAUCCACUCGAGCUUCUGCCCUUGCUUCCUUACCCCCUUUACCUCCCACCUCGUCCUCUCCAUUUUCGCAAACAUACCCCACAUUUACCCUGACCUCGCACACCUCGACACUCCCACUUAUCCCGCAUAUUACGACUAAACCGCCGCUGCCCCCUCGGACUGCGCAACGCUCGGUUUCAUCGCAAGCGACUUCAUCUCGACUGUCCACAUCGUUUGCUUCGCUAUUUGGGAAAUCCUCCACACCUUCCACACCUUCGCCAACAUCUGCUGCCUUGCCUGAAACCGAACAUGCAACUGAUGUGAACGCAUUUUCGAUCGACAGACGUAUCGUCAGGAAGGAUGUUACUAAACACAUUAACAGGGCACUGAAGGCUGAGAUCAAGGAGACACUUUCGGUGUCCGGUGCACCUCCAUGGGUCGUCGACCGUGUAAACGAAUUUACAGCUGGCCUCUAUCCCUUCACAAAAGGACUGCCACACUCAAAGGGCCCAUUCUCACACGGUGAGAGUGGCUCUCCACCGUCACCUGUGUACAUCAUAGAUCCACCGAAGGAGACCCCAGAGGAGCUCUCGCAGCAGUUCCAAGAUUUCUACGAUAUUUUAGAAGAGGAGUUGCAUACCGCAAAGAGUCCCACUACCGCCCGACCGAGAAACGAAUCUUUCGAGGCCGAACAGGAGAAGAAGGCAAACACAAAUUAUACCGAUGAGGUGUGGAUCAGAGAUAUUCUGGAGGCUGUUGAACGUGUGACGUGCUCUUUGUUUUACGAUAGGCUGUAUCUGCAACCUACUUCUGACGAUGCAUCACACGAUGAGGCACUCUCGAGUCGCGUAGCUGCUCUCAACAUGCUUGAUUUAGGCCUGGAACACCUGGGUGUUGACGUAGGCUCGUCCAGCUCCGACGUGCAACUCGUUUUGAAGGGAUGCGGCGAAACGUUGUCCCAACUGGAAGAGUCGGCUUGUAGGUGCCCUGCAGACAAGGCAGCGAUACUUGUUGCCGCUCAUAAGAUCCUUGUUGAUGGCCUGUCGCGGUUACCACCGAUACGUUUGAAAUCUGAAGCCGAACUUGAACACCAGAAAACACCAAGAGCAUCCUCUGGAAGCACGGCGAACGGUAUCACAAACUCGGGAUCUGAGCAGAUAUCUGACGUCCCCGAAACUGCACUCUUGAUGACAGGAAUGGACAUGCCGCCACCAAUAGUUGUUUCCCCUGAAUCUGACCUUGCAAUGCGUAUUCCGUCCCCAAUCUCCAAUGACACGACAACACUUGAUAUUCAGAGUUCUCCAUCAACGCUUUCGAUAUCCCUGCUCGAUCCUCGACCCCCAUCACCUCGCCUCACGAUCUCCCCACCACCUUCUCCAACACCAGUCUCUGGCGACCUUAUCCUCCCCUUGAUGAUCUAUGCAGUAGUAAAGUCCAACCCUCAGCACCUCGUCUCACAUCUCCUGUUUACGCAAAGGUUUCGGAAUCAAAGGUUCGGCGGGGAGGAAAGUUACUGCAUCGUUAACAUCAUGGCGGUCGCUGAUUUCCUUGAGAACGUCGACUUGAAGGCGUUAGGCCUAGGCGAAAGCGAGAAGAAGGUUAUGAGCACUGCUGACCUUACUCCUAUUCCUGUCACCCGUGUUGCUCUGGGCGCUCAGUCGCCUACUUCACCGCAGGGUGUCCCCGCGCGCCUUCGUGGACGCGUCGAGCAGCAAGUCGACGCCAUCGCUGGUUCAGCAAACAAAGUGAUCUCUGGCGUAGUCGAUUCUUCCUUCGGUGUCCUCCGCGCGCUGCUUCCAGGCACAGUGGACGCUCAACAAGCCGUUGCAUCCGUGAUUGAUCAGGAUGCCGCACCUUGGAACGUUGCCCGCCCUGGUUUCGGUUUACUCCGUCGUGAGAGUGGUUUCUCCAUCGCGAGUCUUGCAGCAUCACUGCCGGGUCGUGAGCGCGCCAAGUCGAUCAAUAGCACAGCUGCUGUCGAGGAAUCCGGGCAGAUGAUGGUGGAAGUAGCGUCUAGACCUGGAUCGGUGCGUUCCGCAUACCUAUCCGACGCAGAGGAGAGCGAGGAGGCCGAAAGUGAGGAAGACGAAGAUGAAGAAGACGAGGAGGAAGACGAGGAGGAAGGACAAGAUACCAGAAGUAUAAAAAGUUUUGAGAGCAUGAUGGGCAAGAAGCAUCGCAGGAGGAACAUCAAGGCGAGGAAAACAUUGUCUGAUCGGCUUGCCAGUAUGCCAGGGCUUUCGAGACUAUCAGGUGCACAACCAACCGUGGGAUCUCCGCCGGCCUCACGACGGUCAUCACUUCUACCAGCACCGCCCACGUCCAACCGAUUUGAUACGCCAAUUUCAUCUCGACCCCACUCGCCCAUUGGUAUAAGGCUAGCCCCGCCGAAUAGACGAUUCCUGGAGUGUUCUGAGGACGAUCUCAAAGUAUCUGAAGUCAGAGAGCUUUUACGGGAGUAUAAGCGCUUGGCAGAGGGUGUGAGAGCGAUGGGUGGGUUUGAAGAAUGA